UUCACAUCAAACUCGACGACCUUACAAUAAAAAUCAAAUAUAUACAUUCAAUAAUAACUAGCAAUAUAUAUUAUCUUUCCUUUCAAAAAAAAAAAAAGCAAUAUAUAUUAUCUACAUUUCUCUGUUAGUCUCUCCUCAAAAUUAUCCCCUAAUUCCCCAAAUUCUCAAACAAUUACAGUAGAAGAGAGAGAAAAUAUACUUACUUUACGGCCCAGAAAGAAUUUUUUCCAUAUCCAUUAAUUUCACACCUGUCCCUUUUGAUUAUAUCACUUUUACUAAACUUUAUCCAAUUUGUUCCCGCACCCAGAAAAUUCCCAGAAAGUUAAGCUUAUCAAUUUGUAUUUAUGUCAAUAAUUCACAGAUAUCUUUUGAUUUUGUAUUUUGUUGGGUGAAAAUCUCAUUUUUCUACUGCAAAUAAGUCCAAAUUAUCAUUGCCCUUAUCUUAUUUUUAAUUUUAAUAGAAUCCUAGUAUCUAUGAUUUACAUAAAAAUCUCACAUGGGUACUAAUUAUAUCCAUAUUUUCCUCCUUUUUCCCUCUCUAUUUUGGAUCAUAACUCCAUCAAACAAAGCUUUUCUGUAAACUUCACACCACUGUUAUCUUCUUCUACUAUCCAAAUUUGAUCCAUAUUUUUUUUUUCUGUAAAAUUCUGGGAAAAAUAUGAAGGUGGCGAAGAGUCAGAUUUGGCAGCCUUGUAAAAGGAAGAGAUUUUUUUUAUUUUGAUUAGUUUUUUAAAAAAUUCGUCAAUAAUAAAAUAAUUAAUAAAACAUAAAUAAUUAAUAAAGUUGUAGAAAUGUCGACGAGGGGAUCGGGGAGCAGCAGUGGGAGUGGCAUCGGGAAGACGAGAGUUGGGAGGUAUGAGCUUGGCAGGACGUUGGGAGAAGGAACUUUUGCUAAGGUGAAAUUUGCAAGGAAUAUUGAAAAUGGUGAAAAUGUUGCAAUUAAGAUUCUUGAUAAAGAUAAAGUUCUCAAGCACAAGAUGAUCAGCCAGAUUAAACGUGAAAUAUCAACCAUGAAACUAAUUCGUCACCCAAAUGUCAUCCGUUUGUUUGAGGUUAUGGCUAGCAAGACAAAGAUAUACAUUGUUCUAGAAUUUGUCACAGGCGGAGAACUUUUUGAUAAAAUUGCAAGUAAAGGAAGAUUGAAGGAGGAUGAAGCAAGAAAAUAUUUUCAACAGUUGAUUAAUGCUGUUGAUUACUGCCAUAGCAGAGGUGUCUUUCACAGAGACUUGAAGCCAGAGAACCUGCUGUUGGAUACAAAGGGCGUUCUUAAAGUCUCUGAUUUUGGUUUGAGCGCUCUUGCUCAGCAAGUCCGUGAAGAUGGAUUAUUUCACACAACUUGUGGUACACCUAAUUAUGUAGCUCCAGAGGUUAUUAACAACAAAGGCUAUGAUGGAGCUAAGGCUGACUUGUGGUCAUGUGGAGUAAUUCUCUUUGUCCUUAUGGCAGGCUAUUUGCCUUUUGAAGAUGCUAACCUCAUGUCAUUGUAUAAAAAGAUAUACAAGGCUGAUUUUGCCUGUCCACCAUGGUUUUCCUCGAGUGCAAAGAAAUUGAUCCAACGGAUUCUAGAUCCUAAUCCUUCAACGCGUAUCACAAUUGCUGAAGUGAUUCAAAAUGAGUGGUUUAAGAAAGGUUACAAGCCAUCGAUAUUUGAAGAGCCUGAUAUUUCAAUAGAUAAUAUUGAUGCAAUCUUUGACCAGUCAAUGCUCUCCGGAAACCUUGUUGUUGAAAGACGGGAAGAACGGAUAGUGGCUCCUCAAUCCCCUGCUGCCAUGAAUGCAUUUGAGCUCAUCUCUACAUCUCAGGGUCUUAACCUGGGCACACUUUUUGAGAAACAGAUGGGACUCGUGAAACGUGAAACAAGAUUUACAUCUAAAUCCUCUGCUAGUGAGAUUAUAUCAAAGAUUGAGGAGACAGCUGUGCCUUUGGGAUUUGGUGUGAAGAAGAAUAAUUACAAGAUGAAACUUCAAGGAGAGAAAACUGGACGCAAGGGUCAGCUAGCUGUUGCAACAGAGAUUUUGGAAGUGGCUCCGUCGCUGUAUAUGGUGGAACUUCGCAAGUCUCGCGGGGACACCUUGGAAUUUCACAAGUUUUAUAAGAGCCUUUCAACUGGGCUGAAAGACAUCAUCUGGAAGACAGGAGAAGAGAUCAAGGAGGAGGAAGAAAGCAACUAGUUCCUGCUUAUUGGUAGUGACUGGUCGUCCAAUAUUCUUCCCAAGCGAAAAGGGUUGUGGUAUUGGUGCUGCUAGGCGGCAGGCGCAGGUGUUCUUAAGCUUCUUGGCCUUAAACAAGGUGUAGGCUUUCCCUUUUCCUUUUUUCUUGGGUUUGGGGGUGGGGGUGGGUUGUGAGAUUUGGGAUACUGUAUCAAACAAUGUUGUGGAGCAAAAUGAAGUGGUGAAAUUUGAAUGUUUGAGAUUGAUUAUGGAAUUAUCAGUGAGAGUGAGACACUGAGACCUAACAAUUUACAUUA